AAAAGAAAGAAGCUAUUACUCAAACGAACGUCAGUUGUAUGUACGUCGCCACCCUGGUUUGGUUUCCUCUUAACCACGCCGUUGACAGCGACGAUGUUGUUCCCUAUUGGAGCUCCAAUGGAAGUUCGCUUAUUUCCUCCUUCCCCUCUUGACCAGGCCUGUUCCACUCCAACAUCGCGCGUUCCUAUUCAUCUUCCCCUGUGCUUCCUCUGCGCUCUAUAUACAGUCGCCAAGAGCGAGGGGAAGAACACGGGGCAGCAAUGGCAGGAGGUGGCGACGAGUCGGCGCCAACGUUGGAGUACACUCCCACAUGGAUUGUUGCUCUCGUCUGCAGUGUUAUUGUCCUCAUCUCCUUAAUCUUCGAGCGCCUGCUCCAUCGCCUCGGAAAGGUCCUCAAGAAGAAGAACCAGAAGCAUUUGUUCGACGCCCUUCAGAAAAUCAAAGAAGAGUUGAUGCUGUUGGGGUUCAUCUCGCUGCUGCUGGUGGUGUUCCAGGGGUCGAUUCAACGGAUAUGCGUCUCCGAGAGCCUCACGCACCAUUUACGUCCAUGCAAGAGGGAUGAUGAUGCAACUUCGACUGCCCACUAUUCCGUGAGCUCUUCCGGUGGGAUAGUCGGGGGUGGUCGUCGUCUGUUGGCCAGUGGAGGAGAUUCGACUUACUGUCAGAAGAAGGGAAAAGUUCCAUUACUAUCACUUGAGGCAAUCCAUGAGCUACAUAUUUUUAUCUUUGUUUUGGCCGUCAGUCAUGUAGUACUCAGUGCCAUCACUGUUGUUCUAGGACUUGCACAGAUGCGCACAUGGAGAAACUGGGAGGAUUUGGCUCAGAAUUCUCAAGGGAAUGCUCCCUUAAAGAUCAAUCAAGUGCAGCAAUUUGAAUUUAUUAGAAAGCGUUUCUCGGGCUUUGGAAAGGAUUCAUUCAUAUCAAGUUGGUUGCGUUCUUUUUUUAAGCAAUUCUAUGGAUCGAUCACCAAGACAGAUUAUACUACUAUGAGACUAGGAUUUAUCAUGACUCACUGUAAAGGUAAUCCUAAAUUCAACUUCUACAAAUAUAUGAUACGAGUCCUCGAAUCUGAUUUUAAGAAGGUGGUCGGUAUAAGUUGGUAUUUGUGGAUUUUUGUCAUGGUAUUCUUAGCAUUGAAUAUUGCUGGUUGGAAUGCAUAUUUUUGGAUAUCAUUUAUACCUCUAAUUCUUCUGCUUGCUGUUGGCACCAAAUUAGAACAUAUCAUUACUCAGUUGGCUCAUGAGGUUGCUGAGAAACAUUCUGCAAUAGCAGGUGACUUGGUGGUUACUCCUUCAGACCAUCUCUUCUGGUUUCACAGACCUAAAAUCGUCAUCUCCUUGAUUCACUUUAUCCUUUUCCAAAAUGCCUUCGAGAUUGCAUUUUUCUUCUGGAUAUUGACAACAUAUAGCUUCGAUUCAUGCAUCAUGGGGAAAAUAGGCUUCGUAAUCCCCCGAAUUGUGAUCAGUGUGUUGAUCCAGCUCCUCUGCGGCUACAGCACCCUUCCACUCUAUGCCAUUGUUACUCAGAUGGGGAACUCAUUCAAUAAGGUCAUAUUUGAUGAAAAUGUGCAAACAAAGCUAUUCGGUUGGGCUGAGGGGGUGAAGAAGAACGCCAAAGGUACGACAGUGAAAGGACACAAGAAGCCUGAUGAAUCUGAAGGUGUUCUGUUGCAGAAUGUAGUUGGCCAUGAAACUACUCCAGGAAGGAGAGGAAAUGAGAUUUCUGAAGUAUAGGCUUUUUGCUACACUGUAAACUGAGUGAACUGCUUGAAAUCAAUUCCUAUUGUUCAAUAGAUGAAUCCAUACGAAACGUUUGCCUUUUCUGUGUUGUGUAUCUGGGAUAAGUAUACG